UCUACACUGAGCACAGUGCGUAGCUGGACCUUGACAUGCCUGCACUGAGGAGCAGUGUGCCAAGUCACUGAUGGGGUCUGACACAAUGGCUCGUUGGAGAGGUUGCUGAUCCACUGCUGCAGUAGGCCUGCUGGACUGGAAGUCACGUUACCUCAGAGAGGGGAGGAAAGAACAGAAUCUAACGCCUGCACAAGGGCCACGCUCGUUCAGGCUGUGAUGUUACUGAUGCACGGUUGACUCUGAACACGAGCAGGGAGGAGUUUUGGGACGGGGGUUGCUGGUGUCUGGCUGUAGCAGACUCACACACCACUGUCCGCCCAGUUGGCUGGAUUUAGCGCUUUAGAAGGAAAGCAGUAAUAGGAUUGUCUCUGAGAGGGUGAAAUGAGCCGGGUGAACCUGUAAAAACUGAGUGAUACAGCAGCCAACACAGCUGACUAUGGAGGCAUUUUCUUCCCCACUGUUAUCAUUGAAUGGAGAGGACAAGACUGGAGAUAUUCAUGCCUUAUCAACAAAUCAGAUGGACUGCAGUGAUGCUAACCGAAUGUGAGGUUAUUUAGAACUACAGAAGUUUUCAGAACUCCGACAUGUCCACUGACCAAGAUGAGCGCACAGUUCCUUUGCCCCACAGAGACCUGCAGCUGGUCCUCUCCCCUGAGAGUCAUUACAGCAACUCGUCACUGUCCCCUCCACCUGACUCCAACAGUAGCAUUUCCAACCUGAGUGACAGAGAAGCCAACAGCUCCCCUGACAUCAACAUGCUGGAGGGCUGUCUCAGCGACUGUACCCCUGUGGAUAACCCCUACAACAACCCCUUGCCACAGGAUAAUGUGUUCUGUAGUGUAAGCAUGAACCUGAACCAAACUUUUAUUGCCACACCUGUUAAUGGCAGUGUGAAUUUCUGGAAUGAAAACUUGAGUCUGAUGAGCAACCAUGAGACAGGAUCAGAGAAGUACCAGACUUUUAGUAAAAACACAGAGGAUGGAAGUAACUGUGCAGUGACGUCUCCAGACUCUGCUGGAGGGGAAAGCCACCGGAGUUCAUGUGAGAUCUCCUGUAGAGGAUCCACUGAGAAUGACUGCUAUUCAGUGAGCUCUGAAGAAAUGGUAAUAAGGAGCAACAGUUUUUGCCUGGAGGACCAGUCACUCUUGGUAGUCUCUUCCCUGGAGGAGUCGUCAAUCUCUCUAGCUGCGGGCCAUUCAGCAUUGCUUGCUGAAUCUCACCUGCUGUCGCCCUCUCUGCUGGAUGUCAGCGAAAAAUCCACAGAGAGAGUCAUUGAGGAGAACACAGGCCAUCCGUGUCUUGGCAUGACUUUCACUCAGGCAGAGCUCCCCUCGGAGGAAAAUGAUAUGGCAACACCCAACUCUCUUGUAGCUUUGUCAAGUGAGAAUGAAGGAGGUCUUUUGAUUACCUUUGUCUGUGAAACAUCUCCUGCAGACUGUGGAAAAGAGGCUCAGUUUGCUAGUGCUGAGGCAGAGCCCCAUUUCCCUGGAUCAUUUACACCAGAACAAGGCAAGACCUUUGUGUCCACUCUGUCAGCUAUGCAAGACACUGAUAAGGAUUUUCAUACUUCCACUCCAGUACAAACCAUUGGGAACAUGAUACCCAGCCUCCCAUCCUUUUCAGAGUCUCCCUGCACUGGAAACGCAGGCAGCCCAGGACUCCACCCUGUUAAACGGCAGCAAAUCUCUGUGACUCCUAAACAACAUUUGGUUGCAGGACUGCUGCCUUCAGCCAGCAAAGUCAAGAAAAUGGAAAUUAAGAAGUUUUCCAAGUCAGGCUUCAGCAGUGUAAAAUCUAAAGUUGUGACAAGAAAUGUGCAUCAAAUGUCAGUGCCAGGUCCUGCUUCACAGCACAAACCAUCACAAGUUAAUGUGAACAAUAAACACACUGAAGCACACAGAGGAGCAACAAUCAGGAUUAGUCCUGCCAAGGUAAGGAGUAGCACUGCAGUUGUCUCUACCACCGCUAAAAUAGUCCAUGAUGCUCAGAGACGAGUGAAUACAGGGGCUACUAAUUUGGGCAUGACAAUGAUACAGUCACCUGGGCAUACUGCUGUGGAUGGACAGGGCAAGAGUAGAGCAUCCCCACCUUACCACCGCCCAGCUGCAAAUAAACAUGCCUCAGCAGUCCAAUGCAGUAACGCCAGUUCUGAAACAGAGCAGGCUGGCAACCAGACCUUCUGCUUCUCAUCCUUAGAAAAAUCCCCUGAUAGAAGUGGCCAAACAGAUCCCAAACCAACUCCCAAGAAGGGUGUGUCGAACAAAAUUGAGGCCAAGUCAGGCUCAGCAUUAGGUCAGGACAAGCCUCCUGUCCUCAAGACGCGGCCUCGCUGCUCAUCUGAGAGUUUAUCAUUGUCAUCUAGGGUACCCAAGGAGAAGAGAACUACUCUUAGGUUCUCAACUAGCUUUACCAUUCCUAAAGCUAACACCCACCUGGGCCACACCAAACCAGGGAAUCUGAACUGCUCUUCCCAGAAUAAACGGGCCAUACAGGCUGAGGCCACAAAUGGACCUGCUGAAAACUCCACAAGGGAGGUGAAGAAGAUCAGCCUGGUGGUAUGCAAACUGACAACAGCAGGAGCCUCAUGGGAUGAGAGUAAGAGUAGAUUUCGAGCACGGCCAUCUCUUAGACGUACAAGAGGAGCACCACUUUCACAACCUCUAACUGCCAGUCCCAGACCAGCCACUUUGUCAACCAGACAGAGGCAGGGGACCCUGGGGAGGGAUGAAUGCAGGACCUCCAAAGCUGUAGGGACACCACAAUCCAAGCAGAAGAGCAGUACAGGCAGUCAGAGAGCGCAGGCAACAGGAGAACCAUCCCUUGGAACUGGCUCAACAGCAAGUAUCAAGCCCCAGCUGAAUGGAUCCCGACCUCCUCAGACUCCCACUCGCCCCUCUCUUAUGGGCCCUCCUGCUACUCCUGCUUCUAGACUACCACGCAAGACCGUGGGGCCAUCCAGGAGCCUUACUGAGACCAGUGUUCACACUGAGCUGAGUGAAGGUGCUGGGAGUACACAAGUUUCUGGAGGAGCUGCACAUAAACCAACCCCAUUCAAAACAGUUGUGCUAAAAGCUAGACUCGUCACACCCCCUGGUAAAAACACUGGACCACCUUUGGCCACAGCAGCAAAACCUGCUGCUUCAAUCAGCAAAGGAGUUUCAAAUUCUACAGUCAGUCCACUGAAAAGGACUGCUUCUGCAAGACUCAUUCGUCUAAAUUCAAGUGGACCUGUGGACAAGAACAAAUCCAAGGCCAGCUCCCGCCAGCAACACCCGCAGCAGCAAGCAUCCCAACCAAACCAGAGUAAUGGACCUCCGGUUGCGGUACCAGCGACUGUCACCGAGAAAAAGGACCCGAGCAUCCAGCAGCUCAGAGGACUCCUGGCAGCUACUAACUGCAGAUUUGAGGCAGUCGCCAUUGUCUUGCAGCGCACUUUGGCUGAGCGUGAUGAAGCCACACGGCAGCGCAGGGAGCUGUCCCAGGAGCUGGUCAACCUCCAAGGAAAGCUGGUUUGCUCCGUCCAUUCAUCUGAACUUCUGGAGAAGGAGAAGGAUGAGAUGCGUGUUGCUCUGGAGGAUGCACUGCAGAAACUGCACGAGCAGCACCAGAAGGACCUGGCCGAGCUGGAACAGAGACUACAGGCCUUCUACCAGGCUGAGUGGGACAAGGUCCACCUCACCUACCAGGAGGAGGCUGACAAGUGCAAGACUCUCAUGCAACAGCAGAUGGGAGAGCUUAAAGCCAAUCACGAAGCCAUGAAGCUGGAACUAGAGAGCAGCCAUGCAGAGCAGCUGCAGUGUGUUAAACAGCAGUAUGAAAUGUCACUGGAAGAGCUCAGCAAAGCCCACAAUCAGGAGCUGCAGUCUUUGGACAAAACUUUGAAAGAUGCAGAAGCCGCUCUAUCUGGACAGAUUGAAGAGCUGACCAUGGAGAACAAUGCCCUCAUUGAGAAGCUAACUGCAGAGGAGAACAGGAGGAAACAGCUGGCCGAAAAGAGUCAGAAGGACUCCCACACCCUGUAUCUGGAGCAGGAGCUAGAAAGCCUCAAAGUGGUGCUGGAUAUCAAAAACAAACAGCUCCACCAGCAGGAAAAGAAGCUGAUGGAGAUCGACAAACUGAAAGAGAAAAAUGUGAAGUUGGAUGAGUGCCUCCAGAAGGUCCAGCAGGAGAAUGAGGACCUCAAAGCCCGCAUGGAUAGACAUGCUGCACUGUCAAGACAGCUGUCGACAGAGCAAGCAGUGCUGCAGGAAUCCCUUCACAAGGAGUCCAAGGUGAACAAGCGUUUGUCGAUGGAGAACGAGGAGCUGCUGUGGAAGCUCCAUAACGGAGACCUGAGUAGCCCCCGCAAGGUGUCCCCCACCUCCACCUCCCCCUCCUUCAGCCUCCAAUCACCUCGCAGCUCCGGCCUGUUCUCCAGCCCUCCUGUCUCACCCAGAUAACGAUGGGCCCAUGCUUCCAGGAAGCAGAGCCUCUCUUUGGAGUUAUCCCCCUGGAGUUAAGAGCCAUGUUUGUUUCCUCUAAGCUUAGCAGCAGCCUGACCUUGGCUCCUACUGGACUGGAUGAACUCUGAGACUUUCUGUACAGAGACGCUACAGCUACAAAAAAAAAAAGUUGCACAGAAGCACUUAAUAAGCAAGGCCACCUUGUUCUUUGCCUUUCUCGUCUGAUAGUAUGGAUGGGGGAAAAGGAAAUCUCAGGACUUCUAUGUAAUGAUACACUAUUUUUGUCACUUGUUCUUGUUGGCAGAGGCUUGUCUUUCCUGAUGUCCGACGCACGCACACAUACAGUACAUGCAGUAUAAAAUUCACACAUGCAUGCAUAUGACAACACAUGUGCAGAUACAGCCCUGCUGUGUGAGAGAGGUCUUCUUUGUGUGUCUGGAGACCACAGCCAUGGAAAGUCUGAAUUCGAAAUAUCGAAUAUAUGGAAUUGCUUCUGUUGCAUCCCGUUGCUAGUCAGCACACCAGGGCUGAACAAAUCUCAAUCUAUGUUCAGAAUGUCUUUUAUGUUAUUUUUUGUAGACGUUGGGAAUUUUUAUGUUUAGGUCAGCAGGUUAAGUUUCAACUAUGGCCUCAAACAUGUUUUUGUUUUUCACAUUUCUUUGUUUCUUUGACCAUGGGACCACCUCUUUGUGCAUGUGUUUGAGUCUUGUUAAUCACCCCUUACUGAACCCUCCUAAUGCAGCUUUAAAGUCAGGGUCUUUGCAAAGAGUUGUCCGGAAGAAGCUUUACUUGUACAUGUCAGAGACACUGCCUCUUGGAAAUGUCUCCAAAAAGAGUAUUUUGUGUGGAAUUGAUAUUAUUGGUGUGUUGACCCUGUUUGAAAUUUGCAAUUAAUAAAGUCUUGUAUUAAAUCUGA